AUGUAUCGAAUUACGUUUUUCAUAUCAAUGCUAGUUCUAGUUUUAUCUACAUCAUUAGAAUUAAAUAAAGAGGAAGGCGCACAAGAUACAUUUUCAGGACCUAACAUAACCGCCCCGUUUACAAUAAUGAGAGAAAUCUCCAAAGGGAGUAAAUUAGAAGAGUUUAAAGAGUACGCUGAUGAUAUUCAAAAGAGAGGAAGUGUAUUAUUGAAAGAUCUAAGCAAGCUUAUAAUAAAAGUAUAUGGCUUUAAAGAAGAUGAUAAACUGAAUAUCAAGUCUUCAAUCGAAAAUUUCAAGAAAAAUAUAAAAAGCUCUCGAGACUUCGUCGCUAGAUUAGACCAAGAAUUUGGUAUCGAUGAUGUAUAUAUGUUCAAGGAUUUAUUAGAAACAAGUUGUAAGCUUAUCUUUGUGGAACAAAAACGUUUUCUUCAAAAUGUAGAAGCGAGGAAAAACUCCCAAGAUUUAUACGGCAAUAUUGUUUUGGAACUGCAUCAAACUAUUUUCAAGCGUACUGUAAGUUUGAAAAGAGAUGAACUGUUAUAUUUAUGCAAAAACUAUGGUAUUUGUGUACCGUAUUCACCAUUUACUCAUAAUUUUGAAUACUUUAUUGACGAAAUUCUACUUCUACCAGAUACUGAAAUAGGCAUGAUUAUAAAUUUACUAAGUGAGCUUGUGAGAAACAAUAAUAAUUUCUUGAAACUUAUUAAAUCAGAUCCUAAAACUGUCUUACUAGUAAAAAUGCUUUUUACAAAUACAUACAACAUGAAACAAUCAAUAAUGGUUUUACAAAACCUCAUUAAGAAAAGGCAUAUUCUAUAUUUUGCUCCAGAUUAUAAGCAGCAAAUAAGGAUUCAAUCUGCACGUGCAAUAUUAGAUACUAUGGAUAAGGCAUUUUAUUUCGACCAUGGCGAUAAGUUAUCUUUUGACAUCUAUGCUACCAUCAAAGCUAUAAGAGAUUGGGGCACAGCAAUGGAAAAUUUCGCACUCAACAAUGACAAAACUGAUGUACAUCUUUACAAAAUGGCAAUAAGAAAAUUUAUAAAUAUCAUAUUUAAAGCUAUUAACUUUAAAAAAAACGAUAUCAACGGUUACUUAGUCAAAACUAUAGUUACAGGAACAUUAGAAAAUGGAACGGGAUACGAAAAUUUGUUUAAGAAUGGCUUCAAAGGUGUUUAUACUUUACUUUAA